GGAAGGCGGUCACCCAUCCUAAUCCCUCCCGACUGGGCAGUACCUUACUCCGUCUUCAGCCUUCACGCUUUUCAAAGCUUCGAACUCCACAUACCGGCGAGUCAUAGACGAAGGAGCUGUCGUCAAUUCAACAGCGAUGACUUCGUCCAACCUUGCCGCGGCCCAUUCCGGUCGCCAACCACCAUAUGGCUCUCCGCAGCCAACUAUGCCGCCCGCAGCCGACCGAGAUCCAACGCCUGCUGCUACGAAUACCGAUGCGAAUGCGCCGAUGCAGAUUUUGGGUCACCGAGACAUCUAUCGCGACGACCCUCACGCUCACGAUGUUCACUCCAUGCCUUCGCCCCCUACUGUUUCCCCCCUAUCAACCCCGGCAGCAACCCAAAUGAACGUCGGUGAUAAUGACGAUGUUCCGGAUCUUCCAACCGGAGCUCUACCACCUACUAAUGGUGCUAGUGAUCUUCCUUCGGCCGUCCAGAUAACUUCUGUUAAUCUUGGACUAGCUACUGACAGCUUUCCCAUGAAGCAUGAUCAAUCUCAAUUACAAGACCAAACGCUCCGGCCGCGCAAUCAAGUCCAAGCUGUCGCGACCACCGACCCCGAGCCUACGAAUAUGGACUAUUCAUCACGGACUAUAAAUUCUAGCCUGCGGCAUAGUCAAGGUACUAUCGAUCCAAAUGCCUACAUGAUGAAUAUCUCCCAGGCCCCCACGCCUGUCUUCCAGAAUCCAGGUCCUUCGAUUGUGGCUCCUUCUGAAGUCUCGCUACAGGCUUCAUACACCCAGGAAAGCGAUGUUGUGACCACAAGCGGUGACCACACAUCAACUAGUGCUAGUCAAAAAUUAGAGUCCUUUGCCAGAAUAGAAUUCGCCGACAGUGUGUUUCAGAUGACUACCUACGCCGUUAUUAUUGGUCGCGACCAAAGGGCCAUGGACCAAGCGAGGAGGGAUGCAAAAAAGGAGCUGAGCUACAAACGGAAAGUAGAGGAGAAUGCAAGGAACGGGUUACCGCCCCCUACGCCUCUCAACUUUGAUCGAGGUAAAUUUAGUAAAUCCUACGUCAGUGAGGAAGGCGGUAUGUUAGGACCUGAGUCUGAUGGGGAGGAUAACGAACAACCCACCAAGAAGCGCCGGCCGAGCUCCGCACAUAGAUCUCAAAACGGUGACGAUGAUGCGCAAAGCGACCAUGUUAAAUCGAAUAGGCAAUAUGUUUCACAUACCCCUGGAGCCGCUGCGGUCGAUUUAGGUACCUUACAGCCAUCGCCAUCUCACAUCCCCUUUGUCGGCAUCCACUCGCCCGGACCAGACAUUGCAAGUAAAACACGUGGUAUAUCAAGGCAACAUCUCAAAGUCGAAUUUAAUGAGAAGAGAGGCGUCUUUGAAGCCGUGGCCCUCCACAAGAAUGGGUUCUUUUGUGACGAUACUCAUUACGGUCUCGAUGAUCCAGUCACUCUUAGGAGUGGGGAUAGACUUCAAAUAAAAGACGUCGAAUUCAGAUUUGUCAUCAAUGGCGUUCAACUAGGCAAAACUGGUGGCGAAGAGUAUCACGAGGAAGAGACAUCGAGCAAACGUAUGUCUAUCGGAGGCAAGGAGAUGAGUUUUGAUUUUGAACACUCCGAUCAUGAGAACUUCCAAGAUACGAGCGAGGAACUGUCAGAUAUUGAAAAUGUACCGACCCCUCCCGCCGGGUCUGAUGAGGGCGAGGGAGACCAAGAAGAAGACCAAGAAGCGGCCGAACCGCAAUCUGACGAGGCAGACGAGCCGAUGGUUGGCGUGGUCGAAUCAGCUGAGAUCCAGGACAUGGGUCACCCCCAAUUCAUGACUCCUGAAAUUCCUAAGCGUCGGGGCCCAGGGAGACCUCCAAAGGAUGGAAUCAUGUCUAAGCGAGAGCGACGGCUACUGAAGAAACAGAUGCAGGAGACCUCCAAGAAGACCCUCCCUCCCCAGACCCCUCUGGAAGCACAAAAUGAGAAAAUCAAACGGCCAGUCGGUCGUCCUAGGAAGAAUCCCAUGCCAGAGGAAGGGGAGAAGCCGGAGAAGAGGAAGUAUAACAAGCGGAAAUUGAAAGAGGAAGGCGAAGAGGGUUCCGAUGCCGAGAGACGAGCGAGAGAGAAGAAAGAGAAGAAAGUUCGGCCAAAAUCUCCGCCGUUGGAACUCCGGAAGGAAGAUUUCACCGAGGAACAACUACAGAAGCCGACCAAGAAUUACGGUGUUUUGAUUGAUGAGGCGUUAACAAACGGGCCUCCAGAUGGACUAACCCUCAAGCAGAUCUAUAAACGGAUAAUGUCCAAAUAUCCCUGGUUCUACUUUUCCGCUGAGACAAAAGGUUGGGAGAGCAGUGUUCGCCACAAUUUAAUUGGGAACGAAGCCUUCAAGAAAGCCGAAGGUACCGGAUUGUGGUCUCGCGUUCCUGGAGUGGAGCUCGACGCUGGAAAGAAGCGCAAGCCGACUUCUCCUGAUCGACAACUUGGAUCGGCACAUCUUCACUCGCAAAUACCGGCGCAUCAGCAAUACUACCAGAAUGGUUCAUAUAUACCAGCAAACAACCACGGCUACGCUCAUAACUUACCCAACUAUACAUCCGACAAUAAACAUCCACAGACAGGGUACCAACCUCAUGGCCAGUCUAAUCAAUCCCUUUCCACGCCAACCUCGCAACCCCUUGCUCAGCAAGUGUACCCAGCGCAGGCUCCAGCACCUGCACAACUGCCUGCCGGAUACCUCUCUAGACAAAAUAACAAUGCUCAACAGAGCACCUAUAGUUCGCCUUACGCGAAACCGCCUCCUCAAGUUACCCCUCCCAUCAAAUCAGAGGUUGCCACUACCCCAAAUCCGCAGACAUUACCUACAAUGCCAGUGCAACAGCCUACAGCGCAGCCUUCACCUCAAUACCAGCAGCAAGCGGCAUCAAAUGUUCCUGAAAGUACGACACGGCCGCCGCUAUCACCGGAAAUCGAGAAAGCUAUCGCCCAGUUUAGAGCAAACAUGCUAGGCGUCAUUUCGAAGCAAACCCACCAUGCUGCACAGAUCAUUGAUUCGGCUAUAAGUCGCGCACGAGGCUUGCCCGUUCAUACUAAUGUACCUCCCGCCUUCGAGUCGGUUGAAAAGACUUUGAUAGGUGCAGUGUCGAACAUGAUUAGCGAGAUGCAAGCCAAACAACAGCGGCAAGCGACGUCUGCUUCUCCCGCACCGGUUGCGCCUCCUGUUGCAAAGUCAACCCCGGCUCCAAGUGCACCAACUCCAAGUCCGGCGCCAGCAGCUAGUUUGGAUGCCGAAAUACAACGGAGAGUCAGGAAUUUCCGGGAUACUAUGGUUGUUGCUCUUAAGAAGAAGACAGACCAAGCAGAGGCUAUUGUGGAUUUGGCGAUAAACCGGGCACAAGGCUUGCCGAAUGCUGGUCCCAUUCAGGGAUGGGAAGAAGCAGACAGGUUAAUGGUUAAAUCUGUUACACAGAUAAUUGCCGACGCGCGUAGGGCGCAUAGUCUCCAAUCGCAACCUACGCCAGCAGCACUUCCUCAAUCCAACCCUCAGGCCCAGUCUUCGCAACAAGCUUCGCGGCAAGGACCAUCUGCCUCACCGGCUCCAUCGCAGCCAUUUACGCCUACAACAAGCGCUCAAGCUAGCCACGGCGCAGCCUUCAAUGUCCCUAGUACCCAGUCCUCCCAGAUGACAUCAAAGCCAACACCACCAUCAAUAUCUCGCCCUGGUGUCACAAUUCAGCGCCCAACCGCGAUAGGUAUUACACGCCCCGGGGUGAGUCCAAUAUCUCGGCCCCAUAUCGCCCGCAGGGAUUCGGCUGUCACUUCCCCAUCUAUGCCCGGUCCGACCGUAGUACCGCCAACGCACAACGUUUCUAGCCCGGCUCCGCCAAGUGCAGGUGUUGUUGACCAAAUUACGGGACAGAAGCGAUCACAUGAUGACGCGUUUAGUAAUAAUACCGGAGCUACUGAGAGAUCCGAACCGGUCAAAGCUCACACUCCAGUGGCGGCUCCUAAUUUGUCAACCCCAGCACCCCCUAGCGCUGGUGUCGUCGAUCAGAUUGGACAAAAGAGACUACACGAUGACGGGAUUAGCAACAAUAAUGGAGGUAUAGAGUAUCCCAAGACCGUCGCACCGGCACCUCCACACAACGUGUACAGUCCAGCGCCCCCGAGCGCGGGCGUUGUCGACCAGAUUGCCGGCCAAAAGAGACAUCUGGACGAAGGCCCCGGAAGCGCAAACUCGGAACAGCCUGAAGCUAAAAAACCGGCUCUUUCUCCGGUCUAGACGUGGACAAACAGAACGCACGUGUUUUUACCAUGUGGCCUCAUACGGGUACCAGGGGUGAUUAUUGUGCACUUACAUGAUGGAUAUUAGUCAACGAAUUGGGCUUCUUACUUUUUUACCUCCGCUAUAUCCCUGCCUCGGGAUGUUAUUCUGCAUCGAAUUUUUGCUCCAUUACAGCCGAACCUAUACCCCAAGGGGGAAAAAACGAUAACCCAGGUGGACGAGUUUCACGAGACACGAACUUCUCUUCUUUCCCCUUCUUCUAGGAAGUUCCGCGGCAUGGAAUAUAUUUUCACGGAAAGAAUAUAGCAUUUGUAAUAACUGGCGUAUCUUUUCUCGACAAGAUUUUUUCUCUUCUUUCUAAAACUUGGCCGCCGGCGC